AAUUAAUCUUAUCUUAAUAUUUCCGAUAGCUGAAUUAUAAAGCUGAGUUUACUGAAUAUUUCAGGUUUAUAGGCAGAACUGUAAUUACCUAAUUCUAAGAGGGCUUUACACCCGAAAUCCGACAGGUUUUAACCACGUGCAUACCAGCCUUGCAAAGUACGUCAUCAACAUCUGCCUGAUGUUGCCUCUUCUGAAUCAAAGCACUUUUCCUAGUAAAACCCGCCUCCAGAGUCCUCCAUCCAUAUCUUCCCCAAGAGCGGAAUCCUUGAAGGUAGAAAUUCUCCACGUGAUUGAUAUCGGUGUCAAGAUGUCCUCUGACAAUCAUUCUUGUCCUACCCCGGCUCCUCAAACGGCUAUAGGUACCACAUACAUCUACAACCCUUUAAUAUCGGCAGACUCUAUCCGCUUGUUCAAUCUGGAACCUAGAGACUCUGAAACCCCGCUUGAAGGCACGCUUAUGACGGUUUCUCUUUCCGACACAGCACUGUCCUUUAGUGCACUCUCCUAUACCUGGGGUAAUCCACUCGAAGAUGAUAGUCAAUUUUUUGAACCCUACGACAUUAGCAAACACUAUGUCUCCUGCGACGGAAAGCAGAUUGAAAUUACGGAAAAUUUACGGGACGCGCUUUGGUAGCUGCGUCAGUUCAACGAUAUUUCGUACCUCUGGAUUGAUGCCAUCUGUAUCUAUUCUCAUCGACCUCGAGCGAAAUACCACGGAAUUAUGAGGUUUUCACCUCGC